UUAAAAUACCAAUGAUUUUUCCCACUAAUUUCAAACACAAAACCGAAAGAGACUAAUUCAACGCAGUUUACAUAUCGUAAUCCUAAAAUCCCUCACUAUCAAUCCUUACAUAAAAAAUCCAACCUUUUUCCACCCUUUUUUCUCUAACAAUCACUACCUCUCUUUCUCUCUCUCUUGCUAUACAUGUCUAAUUUCUUUCUCUAUUCCUCUCUUUCUUCAGAGACCACCCUUCAAAGUUCCAAGACCUUUGUUUUUCCUCCUUAAGCGGCCACCACCGCCACCGCCACCGCCACCUCUUCUUCGGUCUCUCUCUUCCUGUUAGUACCACAAAUGGGCAAUUGUUGCUCUCGUGGGGAAUCCGGGGAUGCUCCAGAAAAUGAUAAGGGAGAUCAAGGCAAUGAUAAUGGCAGUAAUAAUGGAGGCAGUGAUCCCCAGGAUAGCUCCACCACCCCACCACAGAAGAAUGCUCCUCCUUCUUCCCAGUCUGCCAACGGUGCUCCUAUUGGACCUGUCCUAGGGCGGCCAAUGGAGGACAUAAAAUCACUUUACACCGUUGGUAAAGAACUGGGUAGGGGUCAGUUUGGUGUCACCCAUUUGUGUACCCAUAAGGUCACAGGCGAGCAAUUUGCAUGCAAGACUAUAGCCAAAAGGAAGCUUGUGAAUAAGGAAGAUGUAGAGGAUGUUAAGAGGGAGGUUCAGAUCAUGCACCAUCUAACUGGUCAGCCUAAUGUUGUUGAUCUCAAAGGAGCAUAUGAGGACAAACAUUCUGUGCAUUUGGUGAUGGAGUUGUGCGCUGGUGGGGAGCUUUUCGAUCGGAUCAUCGCUAAGGGUCAUUACACUGAACGUGCUGCUGCUUCUUUGCUCAGGACUAUUGUUCAGAUUGUGCAUACUUGCCAUUCUAUGGGAGUCAUCCACAGAGAUCUCAAGCCUGAGAAUUUCCUUUUACUCAGCAAGGACGAGAACGCCCCUCUCAAGGCCACAGAUUUUGGCCUCUCCGUCUUCUACAAGCCAGGAGAGGUAUUCAAGGACAUUGUUGGUAGUGCAUAUUACAUAGCACCUGAGGUGUUGAAGAGGAAAUAUGGACCAGAAGCCGACAUAUGGAGUAUCGGUAUCAUGUUGUAUAUUCUUCUAUCUGGUGUUCCGCCAUUUUGGGCUGAAUCCGAACAUGGGAUCUUCAAUGCAAUUUUACGUGGUCAUGUUGAUUUUGCAAGCGAUCCAUGGCCUUCAAUUUCACCUCAAGCUAAAGAUCUUGUUCGAAAAAUGCUAAAUUCAGACCCCAAACAAAGGUUGACAGCCAUCCAGGUUCUAAGUCAUCCAUGGAUCAAGGAGGAUGGAGAAGCUCCUGAUACUCCUCUUGACAAUGCAGUAUUGAGUAGACUCAAACAAUUCAAAGCAAUGAAUAAUUUCAAGAAAGUUGCUCUAAGGGUUAUUGCUGGGUGUCUAUCAGAAGAAGAAAUUAUGGGAUUGAAAGAGAUGUUCAGGGGCAUGGACACCGACAAUAGUGGUACUAUUACACUUGAGGAGCUGAAGCAAGGGCUUUCCAAGCAAGGGACAAAGCUAUCCGAAUAUGAAGUGAAACAACUCAUGGAAGCUGCUGAUGCAGAUGGCAAUGGAACCAUAGACUACGAUGAGUUCAUCACAGCAACAAUGCAUAUGAACAGAAUGGACAGAGAAGAACAUCUUUACACAGCCUUCCAGCAUUUUGAUAAAGAUAACAGCGGGUAA